AUGACCGACAGAGACAAAUUUGCAUUGAUUGUCAAUAUUGGAGGUUAUUUUGUGAACUGUGGACCUGUUGUGGAGUAUAUAUGUGGUAGUUUAAAGAGUAUUUAUGGGUUAAAUGCUGAUAGAUUUGGCUACUUUGACCUAGAAGAAGAAAUUAAGAAGUUGGGAGUUAACAAGUAUGAAAAAAUUGUGUAUAGAAUACCUGAUGCUGGUGUUGGAGCUGAUAGUUUGAGAGAUGUAACUGAUGAUAAAGGGGUUAUGGAGAUUAUUAGUUGUGGUAAGAAUAAGAAAACUAUAGUUCAGAUUUAUGUGGUUGGUGGUGACAUUAAUGAUGAUGGAGCAGAUGAGAAUGUUGAGGCAUCAUUCCAGACAAAAUCUUCUAGCCAACAAGAUACGGAUGAUGGGGAAGAGGUGAAUGGUUUGAGUCGGGCUGAGGCAUCAAUUGGUAAAGAGCUUGCAGACCAGUUGGAGGAUAUUAAUGAUAUUAUUGACAACUUCACUUCUGUUGAACAUGGUGAAGGUGAUGCACAAACUAAUAGUGCAUGUGCUGGGUUGGGGUCACAAGAGUCAUCUGAUGAUGAAGAUUAUUUUCCAACUGGGGUGAGUUCAUCAGAUGGUGACCUUUCUGAUGAUCAUCUUUCUGAUGAUGAUGAAUAUGUUCAGGCAAGAAAGAACUUAAAGGAGUCUAGGAAAAAAGUUCAAGAUUGGGAUGAUGAUGCAGGCUAUACACAUCCAAUGGCCACAACUGAGAUGGACUUUGAAGAGGAUGAAUUGUGUUUGCAAAAGGUGCAUAACAAGAAAUCAUGCACCCUGCCUGAAGUUGAGAAACCUGCUAUGAAGCCAAAGGGAAGGCCCAGAAAGCAUACUGCACCCCACACAGUGGUUCAACCACCCCAAACUGAGGUUCAGCCACCCCAAACUGAAAUCAUGACAAGCCCACCAUCUGAGACAAUGACAAGCCCACCAGUUGAGAGGCUGACAAGACCACCAGGCUUGUACGAGACGCGCACGACAUUUUCAGAGGAUGAAGCUGGGAAAUUAGGGCAACAAUUUGGGCUACUGGAUUUUGGGGAAGAACACGAUAGAGUGAUGAAGCUGCUGGAUUUUAGGAAAAAAUCUUCGAAAUUAGGGUUUCAUUUUGAGGAAGAAUGGGAAAUCGGGUUUGAUUGGCGACCGGGGCUGAGAACGGUGGAUGACAAGGAUUUGGCCGUCGUGAGCUGCGCCGACGGGAGCUUGUUGUUAGUGGAGAUGGGAGGGCCGACGUCGACAGGGAGUUUGACAAUUAAUUUGGCCGACAAUUUGGUCAUCGUUGGCGGCGCCGGCGGAGCGUUUGCCACAGUGAGGAGCGCCGGCGUGCGUCCCGCCGCCGCCCGCCGUACGCCGCCUGCCGGACACACCAUUCAAUCGCUUUGGACACCACCGGAAAACACGAUUUACAGCCGUUGGAUUCCGACCACCGGCAUCAAAUCGCCGCCGUCUGUCCCGUCGCCACCACCAUAA